AUGAUCGGCCCACGCACGAUUGGAGGGGCCACAACCGCAGGCCCCCCCGGGGCCAGCGGGAGGAUAACUAUUACCGGGACGAGCGCUGGAGAGAGAGGGGAGGGGGUUCCUCGUGGGAGCGUGGCCCCCGGAGACGGCCUGGUGAGUGGACCAGAGGCCCUGAGAGAGAGACCGAGCGUCCACAUCGCCACAGACGUGCAGGCAGUCGCCGGGGAGAGCCCACUCGCCCUUCCGGCCCUGCCUGGAGCUUUGACCAUACCGCCCAGCCCGGACGGAGAGAUAGGGCCCGUACACUUCCCGACUCCACACGUUGGAGACGGGACCCCACACAUAAACCUAACCCACACUCUGAUCACUACAGAACGUCAAGAAGCAUAA